AUGGAAACCUUUGGGCUGGGCAUCCACUUGACCUGGCAAGCAACGCGCUAUCACACCAACCCGGAAUUCACCUCGCAUAUCGACCCCUUACUCCAAGCGCCUCAGGUUCAGGCGAGGCCUGCCUUUACCUGGUCGUGUGUAGAGGAAAAUUCCGAAACUUGGUCUUAUAGCACGCGUUCUACAAUGUGUGGUAUCUACGCGUCCGUGAGCAGACAUGGCAGGCUCCCACCAUCCAGCGCUCUCGAGUCCCAGCUCGUCCAAAGAGGGCCGGAUCACAUCGGGAGCACGCAAGCCUACGUCCCUAGUAGCGAUAGUAGCAGCAGCAACAGCGAACCUGGUGAGGAGAGCCCGGGGCUCUCUCUAACGUUCGUCGCGACCGUGCUAUCCUUGCGGGGCAACGGCAUAACCCAACAACCCGUGGUGAGCGAGGUUUCGGGGGCUAUACUAUGCUGGAACGGCGAGGCCUGGAGCCUGGGAGGCGACGCGAUUGCCGGGAACGAUACCGCGGCCAUCAUCUCGACCCUGGAUCAGGCCUCGGGCCAAGACGCCGUCCUGGACGUCUUGCGGAGCAUCGAUGGGCCCUUUGCUUUCAUCUACUAUGAUCCUCCCCGGGACAGCCGUGGAGGGGACGCCUGUAUUUCGGGCGCGAUCGCCUGGGCCGCAGGUCGCUGCUGGCGGCGACGCAUGAAGGGGGCUGAUUCUGUCGAGCAUCGCCGACCCGCUCGGCUCUGGUUGGGCAGAGGUCGAGGCGGACGGCAUUUAUGCCCUGGACGUGGCGAGUUUGGGUGA